AGUAAUGUGCGAACCUUUGCGUGGUAAUGUAGCUGAUAAGGCGUGUUGGUUUUGCAACACGAAAAAAUACGAAAAGAAGAAACGAGAAAGAAACCACAGUCUCGUGUAUGAUUGAUACACCACUCGUAUACUGUCUCAAGAUUAACUUAACAGAAAAGUGCGUCGCCCGGAAAAGUGCCGAUCCAGCCCGACGAUGUCAUUUUACUUUCGCGACUCGCCGAGAUUCGCGGACCGACUGAGCGGCAUGUCCGACGACGAGCUGCUGCGAGAAAUGAAGCAGCGAUUCAACAAGGAUAAGGAAGGCACGGUCUUCGAGUCCGGCAGGCCUACCAGGACCGACUCCUUCGACCGGCCCUUUUCGCAUUUUCCCAGAGGGUUCCCGUUCGACGACGACGCCGACGUUUUCGAGCGUCCACGCAGCGACGGUAUUCGCGCGCAUCUGGACGAUCUUGCGGCGCGCCACCCCGAGUUCGCUGAGCACCUGCGCGGUCCGCCUUGGCCGUUCAACAGUUCCCUGCUGCGCGACCGUCGCUGCCGACGUCGUGGUAGCAACAACGACGACCAGCAGCAGCAAGGUCAGCAGCAUCAGGACGAGGACGCUCGUAGUCAGGCAAGUGGUAGCAGUGCCGCGAGUGGUGCGAGUGCCGUCAGCUCGCACAGCGGCGGCGGUGGCGAGCACGACUUGACGUCAUCGUCUGCGAUACCGCAGUACGGUCUACGUAACACAGUGGAUAUUGGCCAGCAACAGCGACGCCGCGACAUGGAGACGAGUCCGGAGAAGGACGAGCGCGGUCAGCGCUCGAUGUCGGCACCACCGACGGAGAGCUGGCAACAGCAACAGCCGGGUCAAGAACAGCAACUACCACCGCAACCUGGUCAAGGUCAGAGAUUCGUGUCCCGAGUAGAUAUCACGCCGCAGCACAAUCAGCAACGUGCGCAGUCGCCUGGUAAACCAACCAGCAAUGUCCGACAUAUCCCCAUCUUCGUGGAGGGUCGCGACGUGCCGGUGAUGCCGAAGGUCGCCACAGACGACGCGCCGCCGUCCACCUUCCAGCAGCAACAAUCGUCUCCGCCGUCUCACCACUUCGACAGAUCGUCGCCACCAGCGCAUCACUUCCACAGACCCUCACAUUUUAACGAACGUUUCAAUCGGCAGCAGUGGCCACCGUCGAAUUUCCAGACGUUUUAUAAGACAACAGGUUUUGAACAACCAAUGCGGCGGCAGUUUCAGUCGCAACAACAUCAGCAACCCCAAUACUAUUAUCAACAGCCUCAACAUCAGCAACAGCCUCACCCGCAAUAUCAACAGCCCCAAUAUCAGCAGCAGCAGCAACCGCAGCAUCAUUUUGAGCAACAGCAGACUCAGCAACCUCAACCUCAUCAGGAACAGGAACAGCAACAGCAGCAACAACAACAAGAAAUACCAAAACCAAAGCCUCCAUUGCCAAAGGAUUCCCUCGAGAGAGUGGCUCAGGUACAAAAGGAAGUGGACGAUCUGGCCGAGGAGGUACGACGUUACGUUGGUGGCUCUCGGCAGGACAAGGAGUACAUGUACCUGGACGAGAUGCUGACGCGCGAAUUAAUCAAGCUAGAUGACAUAGAGACGGAAGGUCGGGAGAACGUGCGACAGGCGCGGAAGAACGCCAUCAAGAGCAUUCAAGAUACCAUUGGCUUGCUGGAGACAAAAACACCUUUGCAGGAACAACAACCCACCGCGCAUAAAGAGGCUCAGGAGUGUUCUGACAAAGAUCAGCUGGAAGAAGAGAUCUCGCACGUUCCUGAGCCGAUGGAGGUAGACGCGAAGCAAGAGAAGCUUAGUAACGAGCCGAUACCGCUUCCGCCGAUACCGUCGUCGCCGACGAAGACGAAAGUGGAAUCCUCGGAAAGUGAAAGUGCGACAACAGCUGUCGAAUCAGCAAAUCAAAACGUUAUUCCUACCGGACAGCAGAUUACCGAACAGAAAAUAGAGAAUCUAGUAGCGGAAGAGCUUGUCGCGACAGACGAAUCAACAAAAUGCGCGGUCGAAACAAGCAAGGAAUCAAAACCGAGUGAUGGAAAGGAUGAAGAACAACAAAAAGACGUGUUACGAACAAUGGAAAAUAAACUCGCGACAUCAAAGCAACAGACGAAGGAAACGACGGAGGGAAAAACGGAAGUGAACGACGGCCAGCGGAGUUCGACGGAAUCGCCGAGGCUGCAGAAGAAGGCAAAAAAGACGAAAAAGAAGGAGCAGCAACAGCAACCGGUGUCCGAGCAAGCAAUCCCGCUGCCACCACCACCGACGGAGAGCGCGAAGUAAAAACGGAACGUUGAGGAAGUGUCGUAUAGUCGAACGUGGAUCCCAACGUGGACACGACUCGACCAGAGUUGGCGAACGAGAGAGAGAGAGAGAGAGAGAGAGAGAGAAUUUCGUGGGUCGUAAAGGAACGAGGAUCGACUAGAAACGAAGUUCCUUGAGUCACAAUGGAACGCCGAGUGAUGGAAAGGAUAGAAAUGAAGGAGUUUCGGAGGACAUCGAAUUGUCGUAGACACCGCGGAGUGGCUUGAUCGAUUUGUAUUAAGACGCUGCUACCUUUUCUUACUUUUUCUGAGUUUCCGAACUAGAAUCAAGCUAAUCGCGUUCGAGCCGAGCAAUGAAUCCUUCAGUCACUCGUCAUUGCCUUAGGACGAGGCCUUCCUCUUUUAUAGAAUAAUCACGAACGAAGCGGCACCGCCCAUAAGUUCGUUGACUUCCUCGGCCUUCGAUUCGAAGCUCUUAAGCGUUCGCACAUCCGCGUGUUCCAUUAUAUUUUUUCAACGCUAAGAAAGAAUCUUUGUAGGAAUGCGCGCAGCUAGCGAAUUUUUCUCUCUGUCGAUGAUAUAUAAUCCUCACCUUUCUUCUAAUUAUUUAUAAUUUGCGAGCUCGUGGAUGAUUGUGAGAUAAAUAGAGGCCGCAUCUGACUUGUGUAAGAUGGACUCGAAAUCGCGGGGAAAAGGUUCAAGUCUCAUCGCGAAUCCAGACGCGUAACUUCGAGGACAUCCUAUAGAAGGCCAGGUGUAGUUUCGUUAUAUAUUCACCUGUCGAGCAGACCAAUUUGCCACGUAAAUGCCGCGGGAAUUAUUCAUCAAGCAAAUUUUACUGAUUAUACGUAAAGGAAAUACAUAAUUUUUUCUAGGUAUGACCGCAG